GCAAGCACUAAUCAGCCAAACAAAAAGAACCCAAAAUUAUUUGUGAAGCAGAAAAACAUGUCUAAGCUUAGCACCCUCUUCACAAUUACCCUUCUCCUUAGCUUGGUGCUAACCUACGCCGCUCGUCCCGAGCCUACCUUGGCUGGAGACUCUCUUACUACCACACCAAAUGGGGUUGAUGAAGCAGGAAACAUUGAAGUUAAUGAGAAUUGUGAAGGAGUAGAAGGGAAAGAAGAGUGCUUGAUGAGACGAACCCUCACGGCUCAUCUGGAUUAUAUCUAUACUCAGAAGCACAAACCUUGAACUUCUGUAUCAAGAAAUUAGUAUAAUUGAAUUGCACUAAGUUGGUAUUUUCAGUAUAAUAAAGGGAAUGAUUUGAAUUA